CCUGUCCCAGUAUGGUGGCUGGGUACAGCUGGGAGGAGGGAGGGCCCCUGUCCCAGUGUGGUGGCUGGGUACAGCUGGGAGGAUGGAGGGCCCCUGUCCCAGUGUGGUGGCUGGGUACAGCUGGGAGGAUGGAGGCCCCUGUCCCAGUAUGGUGGCUGGGUACAGCUGGGAGGAGGGAGGGCCCCUGUCCCAGCAUGGUGGCUGGGUACAGCUGGGAGGAUGGAGGGUCCCUGUCCCAGUAUGGUGGCUGGGUACAGCUGGGAGGAUGGAGGGCCCCUGUCCCAGAGUGGUGGCUGGGUACAGCUGGGAGGAUGGAGGGUCCCUGUCCCAGUAUGGUGGCUGGGUACAGCUGGGAGGAUGGAGGGCCCCCGUUCCAGAGUGGUGGCUGGGUACAGCUGGGAGGAUGGAGGCCCCUGUCCCAGUGUGGUGGCUGGGUCCGAGGACAGCUGGGAGCACCCGGGGUCCCGGGCGCACAGGCAAGCCGAGGCCCCAUGGGGACAAGCAGGAUAGCAGCAGGCAGGAUCCUUUCGUCGCAUUUCUGCCAUGACGUUGGAAGUCCCCACGUUGACCUGCUCCCUCCUGGGGCCCUGCAGAGGCCAGUGGGCGAGGGGACGGGUGCAGGUUUUUUACCUGGCUGCCCGAGGGCCUCGCCUGAGCCCUGCCGCUCCCCGACAGAUCACCUUCCAGGUGAAGGUCACGGCCACAGAGUGCAUCCAGGAGCAGACGUUUGUCAUCCGGCCACUGGGCUUUACGGACACGGUGACCGUGCGUGUCCUUCCCCAGUGUGAGUGCCAGUGCCGGGACCAGAGCCAGGAACGCAGCCUCUGCCAGGGCAAGGGCUCCUUGGAGUGCGGCGUCUGCAGGUGCGACGCUGGCUACAUCGGGAAAAACUGUGAGUGCCAGACGCAGGGCCGGAGCAGCCAGGAGCUGGAGGGAAGCUGCCGGAAGGACAACAGCUCCCUCGUGUGCUCGGGGCUGGGGGACUGCGUCUGCGGGCAGUGCGUGUGCCACACCAGCGACGUCCCCAACAAGCAGAUCUACGGGCGCUACUGCGAGUGUGACAAUGUCAACUGCGAGCGAUACGACAACCAGCCCUGUGGCGGCCCCAAGAGGGGCCUCUGCUUCUGUGGCAAGUGCCGCUGCCUGGAGGGCUAUGAUGGCUCCGCGUGCCAGUGCCAGCGCACCACCGAGGGCUGCCUGAACCAGCGGAAAGUGGAAUGCAGUGGCCGCGGCCGGUGCAGCUGCAACCAGUGUGUGUGCCAGAAGGGGUACCAGCCGCCCCUGUGCCUGGAGUGCCCGACCUGCACCUCGCCCUGCAGCGAUCACAGCUCCUGUGCUGAGUGCCUGCGGUUCGACAAGGGCCCCCUCGAGAAGAACUGCAGCGCGGAGUGCAGGAACCUGCGGCUGCUGGAAGUCCCUGCCCAGAGCGGCAGGACGUGCAAGGAGCGGGACUCAGAGGGCUGCUGGAUGACCUACACCCUGUGGCAGCAGGACGGGUGGGACCGCUAUGACAUCCACGUGGAGGAGAGCCGAGAGUGUGUGCAGGGCCCCAACAUCGCCACCAUCGUGGGGGGCACCGUGGCGGGCAUCGUGCUCAUUGGUGUCCUCCUGCUGGUCAUCUGGAAGGCGCUGACCCACCUGAGCGACCUCCGGGAGUACAAGCGCUUCGAGAAGGAGAAGCUGAAGUCCCAGUGGAACAACGAUAACCCCCUUUUCAAGAGCGCCACCACGACGGUCAUGAACCCCAAGUUUGCUGAGAGUUAGGAGCCCUUGGAGAAAAGAAGGCUGCCAGGGCCGGCCAGGCGGGACCCCCCCAGCUACAUCACCCCCAUCCUGCGACCGUGACGCGGCAGCACCAGUUACCCACACAUCCACUGUUGUUCCUGCCCCCGGCAUGACAGAUGUUUACACAGACUCCCCAGAAGGGACAGCACCCCCCAGCCACGGCACGGUCUCCCCAGACACGGGAGGAAGGACUGCGCGAGUCCUGUGGGGCUGGAUCCUUGGGGCCUGCGUGAGUUAGGAGAGCAGUCUGAUCACAGGUGUUAUUUAUAUUUAAAUUAUCAGGACCUAAAACCACAUCCCAUUGAUUAUACUGUUAACCAAUCAUGUGCAUACAGAAAAACAAUACACAAACAAAAAAACAAUAAAAACAACCCAAGCUGUCCACAGAA